UUAAUUAGAAACCCCGACUCUCUGCUGAAAACCGCAACGAAACUGAAGCUUUGAGCACCUCCGUCAAUGGCGAAGUCUUCCUGUUUGCUGGUGCUACUUUGAUUCCGCUACUACUGGAUUAAUUCAUCGCUUUCAGGUUCGAAAAAGUAUUUGAUUAAUUUUACAUUUUUUUUAUUACGUUCGUGAAUGCAGGAUUGGAUAAAAUUAAUUUUAGAAAUAUUUUCCAAAUUAUUAAUGGAAAUUACUCGCUAAUGCUCUGCUAAUCCUUCUUCUUCUUCUCGGCAUUUCGAUUUUGCAGUUUAUAAGUUCUGUCAAAAGUACCGAUUGAAGUGAGAGAAAGGUGACGUCAUCAUGUCCGAAUCAAAUAGCAGGAAAAGGAAUCUUCCCUCAUGGAUGAGUUCAAGGGAUGACGAAAAUGGCGAUGGUGAAAACUCCAAGCAACCUCGAAACGAUCAAAAAUCGAACAAGGACCGAAAAUCCGCCCCUGCCGCCAGCUUGGAUGCCUCGGAUUCAUCAAAACUCAUGGAGGGAAUCGUGUUUGCGCUGUCUGGUUUUAUGAAUCCAGAGAGGGGUGUUCUUAGGUCACAGAUGUUGGAAAUGGGGGCAGAAUAUCAACCUGAUUGGAACUCGAAUUGCACGCUUCUAGUUUGUGCGUUUUCGAGUACCCCCAAAUUUAGACAAGUUCAAGCUGAUGGUGGAACUAUUAUAUCCAAGGACUGGAUAUCGGAGUGUUAUACCCAAAAGAAACUUGUGGAUAUUGAGCCCUUCAUACUGCAUGCUGGUAAACCGUGGAGGAAACAAUCCAUUUCUCAUGAAGUUAGAGAAGAUAUGAAGCCAUCCACGAGUAAUAAAUCUUCAAAACGCAAAGAAACGGGCUUGCAUUCAAAGAAGACUACUUCUCCCAAGAUAAAAGGCUGCAUUUCUCUUACGAAAGCGAAGAAGUGGGCUGUUGAGGAUCUUAAAAGAACCAUAUCAUGGCUGGAAAAUCAAGAUGAGAAACCACAGCCAAGUGAGAUAAAGAAGAUAGCUGCUGAAGGAAUCCUAACUUGUUUACAGGAUGCUAUAGAUGCACUGAAGCAAGGCCUGGGCAUACAACAAAUGGUGGAGCAGUGGGCUUGCCUUCCUCGUGCGGUGGAGGAGCUAGUGCAGUUUGAUGGCAGCAUAAAUGGCCCUAGCAAAGAAGAUCUAUGUAAAGAAGCAAUGAGCUGUUACGGAAUGUACCAGGUGGAAUAUCUCAAUUUGGACCAAGACGAAGACUUUGUUGUAAUAAGCAAUAAAAGGCCGCAAAUUCGUACAUGCGUGAAAGUUGACAAGAAAGAGAAUGUUGAUCCUUGUUAUGACAGUGAUGCGACGAUUGAGAUGACCGAAGAGGAGAUUGACCAAGCUUAUAACUCCUUUUGUGAAUGACAACAAUGUUUAGGUUUUUGAAAUUUUCUUGUGUUUGAAAACUCUGAUUUUUGAUUUGAAAUUUGAAUUACUCGAAGAAGGUUUUCAUAAUGAGAUUUUACAUGAAGUCAUUUAUAACAGUUUUAAGAGCUA